AAUUUGACAUUGAAAUCCCGUUCCCGCUUCCCGCCAAAUUUGUCAAGCGUAGAAAAGCGAAUGAAAGUAACGUUUAAUUUGUAAAAAUUUAAGUAAUUCUUUUAUUCUGCACUAGUUCUUAGUUUUUGAAAGACCACGAUGGGUAUUCUAGGCUUAUCUAAGUUGAUUGCAGAUAUUGCUCCUCAUGCAAUCAAGGAAAUGGAAAUCAAGAACUACUUCGGACGUAAAAUAGCAAUUGAUGCGUAUAUGAGCUUGUACCAGUUUCUAAUAGCUGUUAGGAGUGAAGGAUCUCAAUUAGUAUCAGUAGAUGGAGAGACAACAUCCCACCUGAUGGGUACGUUCUAUCGGACAAUCAGACUGGUGGAGAAUGGCAUCAAACCAGUGUAUGUGUUUGACGGGAAGCCACCAGACAUGAAAUCUCAUCAGCUGAACAAGAGAGCGGAGAGGAGGGAGGAGGCGGAGAAGGAGUUGCAGAAAGCUACGGAGGCUGGUGACCAGGAGUCUAUAGAGAAGUUCAACCGUCGUCUAGUGAAGGUGACGAAGGUGCACAAUGAGGAAGCGCGGCAGUUACUGAAGCUGAUGGGGAUCCCCGUCGUCGAGGCACCCUGCGAGGCUGAGGCUCAAUGCGCUGCUAUGGUGAAAGCGGGCAAAGUGUUCGCCUCAGCGACUGAAGAUAUGGAUGCUCUAACGUUCGGUACCAAUGUGUUGCUGCGACACCUCACCUUCUCUGAAGCUCGCAAGAUGCCCGUGCAGGAGUUCCACCUAGACGACGUGCUAAAAGGAUUGGAGUUAAACCAGAGAGAGUUUAUAGAUCUCUGCAUCCUCCUAGGAUGCGACUACUGUGGCUCUAUAAAAGGCAUUGGACCGAAGCGAGCCAUAGAACUGAUACGUCAGCACCGUUCUUUGGAGGAAAUAUUAAAAAAUAUAGACACGAACAAAUACCCGCCGCCUGAAAACUGGGACUUUGAGAGAGCUCGAGAGCUGUUCUUGGAACCUGAAAUCACUGAUCCUAAGGAUAUUGAGUUAAAAUGGACGGACCCUGAUGAGGAAGGUUUAGUGAAGUUCCUGUGCGGUGACAAGCAAUUUAAUGAAGAGCGAGUGAGAAAUGGCGCCAAGAAACUCAUGAAGGCACGAACCGGUGCCACGCAGGGACGCCUGGACGGAUUCUUUACGAUAUCAACAACACCAAACCCCAAGCGUAAAGCCGAGGAAGACAAAAAGAAUGCAGCUAAGAAGAAAAAGGCGGGCGCCGGCGGCGGCGGUAGGGGACGUAAACCUAAGUAAAAUAGUCAGUCUAUAGCUAUAUUUUAGUUAAAAUAAGGUUUUGUUGUUAUUCAACUGUUACUAGAUACCACAAUGUAAUACGGAAGAUGACUGGUCUGUUAGGUUUAUUUGUAUGAAGAAUAUUAAACACGUAUUUUGUUGUGACAUAUCAGUAUUCAAAUAUUUGUAUCUAUUUCUUUUAUACAAAAUAAAAA